CUUUUUCCUCUUCCUUGCAUUUGGAUGAUUCUAGGAUGAGUACACUGAGAUUUUGCGGUGGAUGCAACAAUGUUCUAUACCCUACAGAGGACAAGGAGAACAAGGUUCUUCUCCACACUUGCCGCUACUGCAAUCAUGAGGAGCGUGCAGAUACUAACGUUGUCUAUAGAAAUAAGUUACAUCACUCUGUUCAAAGGCACACUCGAGAGCUGGAAAAUGUAGCUGCAGAUCCAACACUUCCUCGCACCAAGUCUGUUCGCUGCUCUCAAUGCAACCAUGGAGAAGCUGUCUUUUUCAAGGCAACAGCCAAAGGGGAAGAAGGCUCGGCACUCAAUUUUGUUUGCUGCAACCCAACUUGUGGCAACCGUUGGAGAGAGUAGAACUCUUCAUAUCUUGCGCAAGUCAAGGUUUACGUUGGAUAGGUGAGAAACUUUGUUUGUAUAUAAGAAUUUACUUGUGUGAAGACGUUCACAAUUAGUAGUUGUUCACCUUAAAUUCCUUAAUCAACUCUUGACUUGAUUAAUGGUCCAAUACCUUAAAUUUACAUAUUGUUUGUUCGAGUUCAAA